GUUCCAAUUCAAUGUCGGUUGUCAAAAGCCCACUCGCAGCCAACAAAGCUCUGGCAAUUCAACUUCGCAGUUCAUCAGCCGAACGUGACCCGAGUGACGCCGAGUCACCUUCGCCUUCGCCUUUCCCGUCAACGACUUCAGCCGAACGCGCGCCGACCAGAAUUCAUUGAAGAAAAAUCCCAUGCAAAUUUGCGAGCAAGCGUGCGCGCGCCGUCCGCCCCGCGCCCCCUCGAACGCUGAUUGCCUAUCGACGCCUUCCCUCACGUCAGACCGGGUGCGAGGAGGAUUUUCUCGAUUUCGCGCAGAAAAUUCCACAGGCAAGAGGUGAAUCGGAAAAAUCGGACUACGCCAGGCCGACACGCACUGGCCGAAUCUCGCAGAAUCGGAAAAACGGGAAAACGCAGGAGUGGAAAGGAGCAAGGCAGCAGCAGCACAGCGACAAGGCACAUCUCGUCGUAGUGCGCGGCGACGACAUAGGGAAACAGGCAACCGAAAAAACUGAAAAAUGUCACGGCGGAAAUGUCGUCGCUGCUGGAAAAAUGAAAAGAAAAGUCGUUGGUCGGCCGCGGUGUGAGAACUGUGCGAUUUGAUUAGACCUGCCGCUCCGCUCGUGUCCAGUGUUUGUGCAAGGAAAGUGAAAAGCGAACGCGACUCCGAGAUCGCCAUCGACAGCGCAAAGGAAAAAGUGGUGCGGAGUGCGAAAGUAGUGAAAAUUCGCGUGAAAAGUAAAAGUUCUGGGUGCUCAAUUUGUGUGCAAGUACGCGGCCGUUCGCUCGCUCCGUCGCAGGCGGAACUGAAAAGUUUAGAGUGCGGUGCCACGCGCGUCUAAGUUGCGUUUUCUCGCUUUUCGCGUGUCCUCAGCGAACCAGGGGCGGAAGUCACGUAAUUGACCGACUCAUCCAGCGAAGGGCGUUCGGCCGCGAAUACUGUCGGGACUCAGCUUUGCCAGCGAAGCACCUGCGGCCGCAACCCCCGCCGCCAGCCACACGGAAAACGGGAAAACGCAGCGCGUCCUCCCUCGAAUACGCAGCCCAGACGCAACAUAAAGCAAGCACGAGAGCGGCGCAGACGACUUCGGCGAAGACGGGUCAAACUACAGGAAAUUAGCUAGCUGAUGUCUUUAUGCUUUAAAGAUGGUGAAAUCGGUCGUCCAACGCUACAAAAUUAGGAUUUAUGUGAUUACAAAUCAUGACAGAGGGACAUGAAAGUGACUUCCUAGUAAGAGUACGUGCACAGGUAAUGACAAGAGACGAAAGUACAGAAGGUUGGCUUCCACUCGCUGGGGGCGGUCUAGCCAAUGUCUCAAUACGUAGACGUGCUAGGCUGCCCACGGGCAACGGUGAGCAUGAAUACAUCAUCUACGGUCAAAGGAUAUCCGAUCAAAAUGUCAUAUUGAGUUGUGUAAUAAAUAGCGACUUGAAGUAUUAUAAAGUUAUGCCGACUUUCCACCACUGGCACGCAGGCAAACAGCGCAACGGUUUAACAUUUCAGACGGCUGCUGAUGCGCGAGCAUUUGACAAAGGAGUUGUAAAGGCAUACAAUGAACUUAUUGACGGUAUGGCUGAAAAUAAUGCGUGGCCGCGACCAGUAAAAAAAUACGAUUCGGUUGGAGAGGAUGAUGUAUUCAUGACGCUUGAUCUCCCUCGCUCUGAUUUAUCAGAUGAACAUAAAUCUAGUCCCGAAGGAAGUGGAAGCCAAAGUGAUUAUACAUUGCUCUUGAUAUAUUUGCAAACAGUAAUUAUUUGUUUUCCCCUUUCAGAAAGCGGAGACAAGCCUAGCAUUCACUACAUAUCGUGCGAUAAACCACCUCCGCCACCUCCAACAACUACAGCUGCUGAACAGACUACAAUAGCUCCCGGAGAUAAUUACUCUUAUGUUCAACUAACAGCAGUACAUGAUUAUAACUAUCCAGUUGUUGACGAGCCAGUAAGCACCGUGAUAACGAGCACACGGCGUGAUUCAACGUGUAGUUUAAAGAAACGUACAGCAAUUGAUGUACCUGGCGGUUUGCUGAAAGAUCAUCCUGGUUUAAUAAAAAACCGUGUUCGUUGUCGGUUCUGUCAUGAGUUUUAUACGGAGGAAUGGAAUAAGCGAGGGGCAUGCGAAUUUGCUCCUGACUAUUUCAGAAGUGGUUUGGAAUGUAUAUCGGGAAUGGGGUGUGCUCGUUGUAUGCUUUAUCAUUGUAUGAGCGAUGCCGAGGGUGAGACACCGUCACAUCCUUGUGAAUGUUCAAAUGAAAGUGGAUGUACAAAAAGAUGGAUUGGACUGGCAUUACUAUCUCUUGUCGUUCCGUGCUUAUGGUGUUAUCCACCACUACGUGCAUGCCAUUUAGUUGGUGUCUCGUGUGGUAUUUGCGGUGGAAAACAUAAACCACAAGUUUGACAAUUAGCGGAACCACGAAACUUCCAAGAUUUUGAUAAAAUCGUUUUUUGAUAACGAGUCGAAUUUUCGAUUAAUAUUCACGACCAUUUACCUCAAUCAUCACAUGUUUAACAAGACCACAAUAUUUGCACACUGACAGGCAAAAUAAAAACGUUAAAGGACAAAAGAUAAAUUCGAUAAUGCAGAUUUUAUGAAAAUCAACUACAAAUGCGCAACUGUAAAGCAAACACAUUCACGAAUGUUUGCCGAACAUUCUUUUUUUUUAUCCGAAGACAAUAUGAAGCGAAAUUAUGGAUUCAAUCAUCCACAAGCGGAGACGGACAUUUUCUGUGCAUAAACAAAUGGCACCGCACAAUUCUUUCACUUUGAAUUUCAUGUGAAAUAAUUUAGAGAAUUAUAAGAGAAAUAAUUUACGGUACAUUAACUUCAGCCCUCAUUUGAAAGAGGAGCUAAUGCGCAAAGAUGCCCUUGAAAUGGCAAAUUUUUCAAAUUACUUCUUUUUUGGAGUCAUCCCAUAAAUCUUACAAAUAUUGUAUAAAUCAUGAGAAAGCGAAGGGACAUAAAAAUGAAUAUUGGAAAUCCAAGGAACGGAAUUAAGAGAUUUAUUGCAAGCCAGCCAAUUGCAGGAAUUAAAAUGGUUGCUGUAACUGACUAGAGAAGGUUUUUGAAUUCACAAGGAAAUGUAUAUGUGAUGGAGUUUCGUAGGAUCAACACAUUUUUUGUUUUGUUUUCCAUAAAAAUGUCAGAAGUCUCCCCUUAGUAUUAAGAUAUCGACAAAUUGGAACAGGAAUAUGAUUGGAGAAGUGCAGAAGAAUACUAUCAGGAAGGAGCAUAUUUUCAUGAAGGUAUAGUGAAUGGAAAUGCCGAUCCAGUGGCAAUUGCAAAUGGCGCAGUUCCCUUUGCAAAGGAAUGGCCAUUUUGAUAUAGAAAUACGCACUAAUCUGAUUUUCGAUGCGUGCAAUGAAUUCCUGUUGAGGAACAGGAAGAACAGGUUGAAGUGCGAAAAGUACCGCUUAUGUAAAGCGGCGCGACGAUUUUAAUGUCGAAACGAGAACAAAAUCCUCGUGGAAAAGUAUUUUGGAAAUUCCACACUUGUGAAAUUCUUACAAUCCAAAAUCAAUGGAAAAAGUGUAUAAAAUUUAAAUGAAAUUUCCGUUUUAUAUAUUUUUUUUUGUUUUUAUAAAAAAAUUGUUUGAAAAAAAUUAAAACAAAAAACAAAUUGAAAACAAGAAAUAACUAUAAAUGUGGAGAUAUGCUUGUAGGAAGGUGGAGUUAUGAAUGAAUUUUGGUUGAGUUUUUGGAAAAAAUCCGAUUGAUUUUCCUUAGGGCUCAUGGAAAGUCAAUACCAAUUUUUUCCGCAACAUAUGAUUUGUUGAUUUGUUCCUUUUGCACUUUUGUCUUUCGCCACAAUUAUUUCCUAAGCAUUUGACGAUGGUUUACGCGGACCUUCAUUCAUUUGACUCUCCUAACGUCCCUUGGAUCGGAGGCUCAGAAGAGUGAAACUAGGACCGGGAAGUUUGUUUCCGUUCAGCAGAAAAUAUCCAAGGACUUUCAUUAAUGCCAUUGAGUUUGCCUUGGUUGAAACUAUUUUUGAGAAAAUGUACAAAUAUCGUGCACCCCCACAUGACACGCAACACAUCUCCAUGUAUAUAUUUAUGUAUACUCAAAAAAUAACCAGAAACGUGAGGAUCUUUUUUUAACAAAAGCAUUGAUUUUUUCUAAGAAAAAAUAAACAAAAAAUAUUCUUAAAAAUUAUGUAUUUAAAUUAAUAUGUCACAUCUAUGAUAAAAUUAAUUUAAAUUAAAACUAAAUAUCAAAAAAUAUAUCGAUUCGGGAAGGCGCAUUAUAGUGGAGAGAAAUGAGGCACCAUAUUCACAUAUUCAUACAUAUUAUCUACUUGUUUAUUAUUUAACUUAUCAAAGGACGUUGUCUACAUUUAUCAGCUAUAAUGCCGUUUCCCCCGUGAGAGAAAAAAUAUUUCGAUGCAGCUAUUUAAAAGUAAUUAUGUAUUAAAUAUAAAUUUAAUGUAUUAAUCUUAAGAGAACUAUUAAAAAUGAUGUUCAAAUGAAUUGAGAAAGAUGAAAGCAGAAAAGCAUAGUAAACUUAUUGUCGUAACAAUCAAAAGAGUAAUUACAAUAAAACCACAUUGCAAAAACCAGACAAGAUAAAAUUUCUUAUCCCAUUUUUUCCUGAGCAGCAGUUCCGUUUUAGAAUUCGAAAUUUCUCCCUGCGACGGGGAGAAAAGAACAUGAAAAUUGAAUUACGCGGAAACAUGUUUUCCAGAUUUUUAAAUAUCAAACAGUGUCACGGUGUUCAUUGUUGAAUAUGAAAACUAUUUUGAAGAAGUUAUGCCAUGCUAUUACAUGGCAGAGAGAAAAGAACAUCAAAGCUAACAAUACAAACCCGAAAGGAGGAAAACCAUGGGAAACCGUAAUUCAAAGGGCGUACAUAAAAUAAAACAUAAUACAAUUAAUUCUCUAUUCAGAUAACAAUAAAUAUUACUAAAUAUAAAAUAUUAAUAAAACACACAUAUUAAAUAUACAUACGAACGCAAAAACAAAAAGGGAGAAAGUGAGAUGAAUCGAAAUUGAUUCAUUUGAAUAGAACAUAAUAAAAAUAUAUAUUAUAAAUAAAUUAAUGUAUAAUAAAAUGAUGAAUACAAAAAGAAAUGAAACAUA